AUGACUAAGUUUCAAGGACUAAGAGGAUUAAAGCACAUCAAAGCAGUGGUAUUUGAUAUGGACGGUACAUUGUGUCUACCCCAGCCCUGGAUGUUUCCAGCGAUGAGAAACGCCAUAGGAUUGCAUGACAAAUCGAUUGAUAUCCUUCAUUUCAUUGAUACGUUGCCUUCAGAAAAAGAAAGAAAAGAAGCACAUGAUAAAAUAGAAUUAGUUGAAGCAAAAGCCAUGAAGGACAUGCAACCACAGCCUGGUUUGGUUGACAUAAUGAGCUAUUUGACCUCGAAUAGUAUCAGCAAGAAUAUAUGCACCAGAAAUGUUGGCGCUCCGGUAGAGACUUUCGUCGCAAGGUUCAUUCAAUCAGAGUUUUCUAAGUUCGACUACAUAAUGACUAGAGACUUUAGGCCUACAAAACCGCUACCUGACCCAUUAUUGCACAUCGCCUCGAAGCUGAAUAUAAGACCAUUAGAAAUGAUCAUGGUAGGCGACUCCUAUGAUGACAUGAAGUCUGGUAGAUCUGCAGGUUGCUUGACGGUGUUGCUUAAAAAUCAUGUGAAUGGUCAUUUAUUGCUCGAACAUAAAGAACUUGUAGACUUUGCAGUGGAGAACCUCUCUGAAAUCAUAGAACUAAUUCAAAAUUUAAAUAACAAAAUUCUUUAG